AUGUGCGUCGGGGUUCCUAAAUCCGAACCUAAUUUUUUUCUAUCUCACUCUCAAAAAGUAGAAGAUGGUGAAGAAGUAGCAGUAGAGGAAGUGGAGGAUGAACAGUCGAAAGUGGAAGGAAUGACAUCAAUAGCGUUGUUACCAGAUGGGUCAAUCUCGGGUCAUUUUGUUGAUCUUCCCGACUCCGUUUGUUACGGAAUUCAUGGCACUGCUCACGAUGGGGGACCUCACAAAAUGCUUCAUAGAACCGACGAUUGGGGGUCUGUGACUCUUCACAUUGACAACGCCCUGCUACAACUCACGAUGGGGCCCAGCGGUGAAGCAAUUACAGGUGGAAGUUCUUCAAAAGUGAAGGUUGAAGAAGGAGAAAAAGAUUCAACGUUUAAAAGAAACAAACUGUGUUUUCAACUGUUGGAGAAAGCACUAGAAAGGAGUGGAAAUGAUUUGGAUUCUGCCAUCAAGAGUCUCAAUGAACUCUGUCUUGGAUAUGUGGAUGGGAUCUCAGGUUUACCCAUGCAAUCAGAUGCAGUAAAUGAAAAAAUUCUUCUACUGAGAGUGAAGGUUGAAUUGUUUGUGACAGAAAUGACAAGUGCUACAAGCAUUGAUGAUGUUGGGCUUCAUGCUAUGAGGGUACUUGAGACUUUGGAGAAUUCCAUAAGUGAACGUGUUGCUGGUGAAGCAGCAGCUACCCUUCACAAGGAAAAUUUGGUGUUCAAGGAGCAGAUUGAAGUUCUUUUGAGGUCAAUAUAUUUAUAUAUGUUGAGUUGUAUUUUUAUGUGGGGUCAGGAACUUCUUGCAUUUUUGUUGGAUGGACUUCAUGAAGAUCUGAACCGGGUCAAACAGAAGCCUUAUUACAAGUCGAAAGAUAUUGAUUGGCGACCCGAUGAACAAGUUGCUGAUGAAUACUGGGCAAAUCACAUCUCUCGCAACGAUUCAAUAAUUGUUGAUGUUUUCCAAGGGAAAUACAAGUCGAUUUUGAUUUGUCCUACAUGUUUCCUGCGUGAGGAACCAUUGAUACCUGAAUACAUGUGGUUCUGCCCUCAAUGCAAAGAGAUAAGACGAGCAGCUAAAAAACUGGAUCUUUGGAGCCUUGGCCAAUCACUAUGGCAACAUGGGAGCUGGUCACUAUACUGCACGUGUCAAGGGAGUUGGUCACAUGUUAACAUCAACACAUCGUUGGUUGUAUUACCUCGGAUCAUUGCAAGAAUCCACUCAAAUAAUCUUGAUGUGAGAGAGUUGAUAAAUCUCUUCUCGUUCGCAUAG